CUUGAGCAGCAAGGUGCUUUUCUCCCUGUCGCGAAACAACGAGCUACAACGUUUUAACAUUGUGGGUUUCGUCAAAGUGAUUAUUCCCAUUCCGUCCAAGGGUUUAUCCAAGGGAACGAUGUGGAAACGUUGGCAGCUCUUUUACGUCCUGUUGCACCUGUGCGCGGAUGUGUCGACCGAGAAGACCGACCUCGACUCUCCCUUUAAUCUAAUGUUAUUACGUACCUUUCGAAAUUGGACUUUCGACGCUUUCGGUAGAACAGGAACGGAAGGCGGGAAAGACAUCAAAUUAGCGAGAGAUUCACAGAGUACGCAGCAAAUCGUCCCUGACUAUAUUCCGUUUCCUUGUAACGUAACAGGUGGCAGAUCGCAAGAGGUGCCGGAUUCGAUACAUGAAUUAAGGCCGGGCGAUAUCGAUGUCAUUGCUGCGAUGGGUGACUCGUUAACAGCUGGAACUGGAAUUUUUGCGCACAACCUGUUUCAGGUUAUCAUAGAAAAUAGAGGAGUGGCUGCAUUCGGCGGAGGUCAAGGUACAUGGAGGCAGUAUCUGACUCUUCCGAAUAUCAUCAAGGAAUUCAACCACAAUUUGAUAGGCUACGCAAAAGAAGACUCGCUGACAAUUCACGAAGCAUCGCAGCUAAAUGUCGCUGAGAGCGGUGCUAUGUCUGAGGAUAUGCCUUAUAUGGCGGAAGUGCUGGUUAAAAGAAUUAAAAGCGAUCCGAGAAUAAAUGUGGAAAAGGAUUGGAAGUUAAUCUCGUUGAUGAUCGGAGAUAACGAUUUUUGCACCAAUAUAUGUUGGACUUCUUCGCCUUGGUCAAUUCUCGAAAAACACAAAGCCGAUAUGAUUGAGGUUUUGACGAUAUUGAGAGAUAAUCUGCCGCGGACUUUCGUAUCGUUAGUUCCGCCGGCACAUAUAAAAACUUUAGUUGACAGUCGCAAGAAACAAUCUUUUCAAUGUUACCUCACCACAAUUUUCGAAUGUUCUUGCUUUUUCAGCCAGAAGUAUCAGAGUCUUAUACAAGAAUAUUAUAAUAUCAUUGAACGAUGGCAGGAGUUAGACAUAGAAAUCUCUACUUAUCCGCAAUUCCAUACAGACGACUUUACAGUCGUAGCUCAGCCUAUUACGUUAAAUUUAUUCAUACCACCUACUGCUGAUGGUAGUCCCGAUAUGACGUAUUUCAGUAGUGAUUGUUUCCACGUCACCCAAAAAGUUAACGCUCUGAUUUCGAAUGCUGUAUGGAAUAAUCUGUUGGAACCUGUUGGAGCUAAAGCGAAAUAUUCGCAGAAACUGUUUGACAAAUUUCUUUGCCCGGCUCCGGAAAGGCCUUAUUUGGCUACAAUGCGAAAUUCAACAGAGCAAAAAUAAUUUAGCAAAAUUAAUUGUU